AUGGUGGGGAAGCUGCAGACGCUGGACGUGCUGCUGCGGCGCCUGAAGGCCGGGGCCCACCGCGUCCUCAUCUUCACCCAGAUGACGCGGAUGCUCGACGUCCUCGAGCGCUUCCUCACCUACCACGGGCACAUCUACCUGCGCCUGGACGGCAGCACCCGCGUUGAGCAGCGCCAGGCCCUGAUGGAACGUUUCAACGCCGACAAACGCAUCUUCUGCUUCAUCCUUUCGACCCGCAGCGGCGGCGUCGGCGUCAACCUGGCGGGUGCCGACACCGUCGUCUUCUACGACAGCGACUGGAACCCCACCAUGGACGCCCAGGCCCAGGACCGGUGCCACCGCAUCGGCCAGACCCGCGAUGUCCACAUCUACCGGCUCAUCAGCGAGAGGACAGUGGAGGAGAACAUCCUCAAGAAGGCCAACCAGAAGAGGAUGUUGGGAGAUAUGGCCAUCGAGGGGGGGAACUUCACCACCGCCUACUUCAAGCAGCCACUGUUCGACAUGGCGCCCGAGGAGCCGGGGCGCCGCGAGCCUGAGCGGGACAAGGAGAAGGAGAAGGAGAGGGACAAGGAGAAGGAGAAGGAUGGGGACGUCCCCACUGAUGAGGACGAGGACCCGGCGGCCACUCGGCGCACCCACAUCCUGGAGCAGGCGCUGUGUGGGGCCGAGGACCCCGAGGACAUCCGGGCGGCGUCGCAGGCGCAGGCAGAGCGGGUGGCGGCUCUGGCCGAGUUCAAUGAGAGCCUCAGCCCCGAGGAUGAGCGAGGUGGCCCCGAACCCGAAGAGGAGCUCUCCAAGGCUGAGCAGGAGAUCGCCGCCCUGGUCGAGCAG